AUGGGCAAGCGCGGGCGCGACAACGCGGAAGAUAUCCCCGGCCUCGGGCGACGCCGCGCGAGGGUCGACCUCAGCGACCGCGCGGCGGCGGCGACGACGACGUCGGCGUCGUACAACGCGAUCGGAUUCGACUACGGCGGCGUCGGCGGCGACGACGACGGGCGCGACGACGACCCCAUCGCCGCGGCCAUCGCGGCGAAGAAGGCGCGACAGGCCGCCGAAAACGCCGCGUCCGGAGGAGGAGGAGGAGGAGGAGGAGGAGGAGGCGACGGAGGGAACGCGGAGGGCGCGAACGCGCUGGCGGGGCUGCUCGGACGGUACGCCGACGCCGACGGAUCGGACGACGACGACGGCGACGGCGACGCGUCGGGCCCGCCGCGUCCGUGGAAGAAGCUCACGGACGCUAACACGCGGCACGAGUACUACUGGAACCAGGUCACGGGCGCGGUGUCGUGGACGCUGCCGAAGCGCGAAGCUUCGGACGCGGCGACCGCGACGACGACGACGACGAAGGCGGUGAACGACGACGCCGGCAUCAAUGCGAAGCGCGCGGAGGAGUGCGAAGAAGAAGACGAAGACGCGGCGAGCGCGGCUUCCGCGCUCGACGCCGCGACCGACCUCCUGCGCCGAGCGCGCGCCGCCGCGCCGACGCUCCGCGCGACGAUCGCGUCGAUCCCACCGCUCGCGGUCCUCGCGAUCGCGCUCGAGUCGAAGAUCGAGGAGUGGAGGCGCGUUGGGGACGGCGGCGUCGCGUCGGAGGCGACGGAAGCCGCGCGCCGCGCGUCCGUCGAGUCGCUGGCGAGACGGCUGCCGUCCGCGAUCGACGCGCACGACGCCGCGGCUGAUCCAGCGGCGGCGGCGAGAGGCGGCGAGCGCGCGGCGGAGUGCACCGUGGGCGAGGCGAAGACGGCGACGGCGACGGCGACGGCGCCGCUCAGCGCGACGGACGCGGCGGCGGCGGCGGCUAAGAUUCAAGAGACGCUCCGCGCGAGAGUGCGCGCGGGGCUGGCGUCGAGGCGAGGGAAUUUCGCGGGGGUGGGGGUCGCCGCGGACGUCGCGCCCGCGGUCGACGCCGCGGGCGUCGGCAUCGCGCCGGUGAAGACCCGGGGGAGUCCACAGAUCCAGAGACCGCCCGUCAGCGUCGUCGAAAAACCGCCGCGGCCGCCGCCGGAGCGCGCGUCGUCGCCGCCGCCGCCGCCGCCGCCGCCGCCGCGACUCGAGUACGACCCGACCCACCUCGGGCGACGCACGAAGCACCGCGCCGCCGCCGCGACGGUCGCGCUCGCCGUCGACGCGCGCCGAGUGUCCAAGAAGCUCGACACGAGGGAGCUCGAGCGAUGGAAAGCGGUGUCGAGAGAGGCGGAGGAGGCGCGCGCGGCGGAGGAGGCGUCGCGAUUCGCCGGCGCGUUGUCGUCGAAGGACAUCGACGCGUGGCGAGACGCGCAGCUGCGCUCGGGCGACGCGGCGGCGGCGAACCCGAACUUCGCGCCCGUCGCCGGGGACUGGCGCGAGCGCGCGGCCGCGGCGCGGCGGCGGCGCGAGCGCGAGCGGCACGAGAGCGGCGGCGACGGCGGCGAGGAGAACGCGGCGACGACGGCGGAGGCGACGACGACGACGACGACGACGACGACGACGUCCGCCGCCGCCGACGCGGCGGCGGCGGCGGCGGGGGUGGACCUCGCCGCGCUCACCGCGCCGUUGCCGCGCGGAUGGCGCGCGUUCUACGACGUCGCGGGGAAAGAGGUGUACUACUCGAACGGCGCGGAGACGUCGUGGGACCCGCCGGAGAGAGAGAGCGCUCACUAG